AUGCUCACCCGCACCUCACCCAUCUCUCACCACUACCUCCAAAACCUCGCCCUAAUCCUCCUCUCCCUCUUCUUCUUACCGCUCGACACCUUCAUCCUCGCCAUCAGCUAUGCCCUGCGUCGUCUUCUCCCCACCACUGCCGUCCCACAGCCCCAAACCCUUCCCCCAACCCGCCGCAAAACUAUCCUCGUCACCGGCGUCGGCAUGACCAAAGGCCUAACCCUCGCCCGCCUCUUCCACCUUGCCGGCCACCGCGUCAUCGGCGCCGACUUCGAGCCCGGCAACCCACCCGCCCUCGUCUGCAGCCGCGUCAGCACGGCGCUGGCACGCUUCUACCGGCUCACGCCCCCAGGGGCGCAGGAAGAUUCGGGACCCUACAUCAGCAGCCUGGUGGAUGUUAUACAGCGGGAGAGAGUGAGCCUAUGGGUCAGCUGCUCGGGCGUCGCGAGCGCAAUCUCCGAUGCCGAAGCCAAGGAAGUCGUCGAGAAGCGGACGGCGUGUCGCGCGAUCCAGUUCGACGUGCGCCAGACGGAGACGCUGCAUGAGAAGGACCGGUUCAUUGGCAGGUGCAGGGACUUGGGGCUCCUUGUGCCGGAGACGAUCACGGUGACGAGUGCGGAGGAGAUCGAAAAGGUGUUGAGGGAGAGGGCUGGGCAGGGCAGGGAGUUUAUCAUGAAGAGCAUCGCGCUCGAUGAUGCGAGUAGGGCCGAUAUGACACUGCUCCCGCGCCCGACCGAGGCGGAGACCAGGAAGCAUGUCCAGGGGAUCAGGAUAUCGGCCUCCAGACCCUGGAUCCUGCAGGAGUUCAUCAGGGGCCCCGAGUUCUGCACGCAUGCGCUGGUCGUCAAGGGGGAAGUCAAGGCCUUCGUGGCAUGUCCUUCUGCGGAGCUGCUCAUGCAUUACAAGGCCAUACCUGCGGAUUCGCCGCUCAGUAGGGCUAUGUUGGCUUUCACGAGGCGGUUCGCAGACGCGGGUGGUAGAAGCUUCACGGGACACCUGAGUUUCGACUUCCUGGUCAAGGAAGAGGAUCUGGGCAAGAAACGACCGCAAGAGAUCCGACUCUAUCCCAUCGAGUGCAACCCAAGGGCGCAUACAGCUGUUGCGCUCUUUUCUCACGAGGUCAAGAUGGUGGAUGGAUACCUCAGCCUACUCGGUAAGAGUAGAGAGGAAACGAACGGAUACCAACAUACCAACGGCGUGAACGAGGAGGACGGCCCUGUCACUCCUAAGAGGCCUUACCGCUACUACUGGGUUGGGCACGAUGUUGUCACCCUCGUACUUCUGCCGCUCUCACAGCUUCUACGAGGCAAAGGAGGCCGGGGUGAAUUUACCGAGGGCUUCCAGGUUUUCCUGGGUCACCUACUGUCGUGGAAAGACGGAACGUAUGAGAUCUGGGAUCCGCUACCAUGGUGGUGGCUCUACCAUGUGUACUGGCCGACGCAGUUCUUGAACAGCAUUCUGACGGGCAGGAAGUGGAGUAGAAUGAACGUAAGCACGACGAAGAUGUUUGGAGUAGAGUGA